GAAAUAUAACGAGAGUAGUCUUGCAUAGCUCAAACGGUAUGAAAACAGCCGAGAGACAGGGGGGGAGAGGGAGAGAGUCAGGCAAAAAGAGAGGGGAGGAUGAUGUCAUAGUUUUUAGUCUGUGCAUUGGAAGAAGCAGAUGGCUGCAGCCUUCCAGCUUUUCCUUCGCUCCUGCUUCCAUCAUCAACCCCAACAUCAGUCUCAGCAUCAGGAGUCUUCGAAGGCAAAGAGUGACAAACUGCAAAGGCGGAAACGGUUCAUGUAGGCUGGAGGAAACAAAGCGGAAAAGCCCUCUUGUUGGCUGGAUGUGAGCGGAUCACCAACCGAGGGAGAAGCCUAAUAAAGACGUGAUAUGGACCAAAAUAUCGAAACAAGCACUGGGCUACGUUCAGUCUAUCUUUUUUGCUUUAUUCUGUAUUAUGACCAGGCAGCAGUGUCGAGGAGCUAGUCCUGCCCAGAAAGGAGGAGGAGUAGGAGAGACACGCAGAAGGGUGUCGACGGAGAGAGGCAGGGGUAGAGGAGAACAGGAGGGGAGGAACGGAGGAGAAAUAAUAGAGUAACAUUACUAGCUUCUAAUAAUGGCGGCUAAAUCGGACGGGGUCCUGAAGAUGAAGAAGAGUGACGUGGCCUUCACCCCCCUGCAAAACUCGGAGCACUCUGGUUCGGUGCAGGGGCUCCACCCGGGCGGCCAGCCCGACUCUGCGGGCACCGGGGACGGGGACUUCGUCAACGGGGAGUCGCGGUGCUGCGGUGGGGGAGGCACCAACUCGACGUGCCUUCGCCUGGGCAGGGAGCAGCAGAAAUACACGGUGUGGGACUGCCUGUGGAUCGUAGCCGCAGUGGCUGUGUAUCUGGCCGAUGUGGGCACCGACGUGUGGCUGUCGGUCGAUUACUACCUCCGCCGCGAUUACUGGUGGUUCGGCCUGACGCUCUUCUUCGUGGUGCUUGGCUCCUUCUCGGUCCAGCUCUUUAGCUUCAGAUGGUUCGUUCAUGACUUCAGCACUGAGGAUGGGACAGAAUCCGCCGCCGAUUGCUCCCACAUGGAUGGGAAUAAGCUGCUGAGCGGCUCGGCCUCACACGGCGACGUUACCGCUCAACACCACCCGGCCACACCGCAGAGACAGGCGUCGACCGCCAGCAAGAACACUACGACCAACAGCACCGCGAGCACCGCGAUGGGCAGCAGGAGUAGGAAACGAUCGGCCUACUACUCCUUCUGUGUUUGGUUCGGCCAGUCCGUCAUUCACAUCCUCCAGCUGGGCCAGAUAUGGAGAUAUUUCCAUACCAUCUACCUGGGCGUUCGGAGUCGUCAGAGUGCUGAGACAGAGCGCUGGCGUUACUACUGGAGGAUGGUCUACGAGUUUGCAGAUGUGAGCAUGCUCCAUCUACUGGCCACCUUUCUAGAGAGUGCUCCACAACUGGUGCUGCAGCUGUGCAUUAUCAUACAGACACACAAGCUCCAGGCUGUGCAAGGUAUGACAGCAGCAGCCUCCCUUGUCUCUCUGGCUUGGGCCCUAGCCUCCUACCAGAAGGCCCUGCGAGAGUCUCGGGAUGACAAGAAGCCAAUCAGCUACCUGGCUGUAAUUAUCCAGUUCUGCUGGCACUUUUUCACUAUUGCAGCGAGGGUCAUCACCUUUGCCCUGUUUGCAUCUGUGUUUCAACUCUACUUUGGCAUCUUCAUCGUCCUGCACUGGUGCAUCAUGACCUUCUGGAUUGUCCACUGUGAGACAGACUUCUGCAUUAGCAAGUGGGAGGAGAUUGUGUUUGACAUGGUGGUGGGCAUAAUCUACAUCUUUUCCUGGUUUAACGUCAAAGAAGGAAGGACAAGGUGUCGGCUUUUCAUCUAUUACUUGGUGAUCUUGGUGGAGAAUGCUGCUCUUAGUGCGUUGUGGUAUCUCUACCGAACGCCUCACACCACGGACGCCUUUGCAGUGCCAGCACUAUGCGUCAUCUUCAGCAGUUUCCUCACUGGAGUGGUUUUCAUGCUCAUGUACUAUACCUUUUUCCAUCCCAAUGGGCCACGCUUUGGACGCUCAUUGAGUGGCCAAGGCCUUGACCUGGACCCCACUGCUCAGUUCUCCACACUACCAUCGGAAGGUGCCACCAACUCAUUGCGCUCCAACAGAGGUGCCACCACAACUCUGGAGCGUGACAUGGGGAAGUAUUCUGAGCGGGAUGGCUGCAUGCCAGUGUUUCAGGUCCGACCCACAGUGCCAUCCACUCCAUCGUCUCGUGCUCCACGUCUUGAAGAGACUGUCAUCAAGAUUGACCUUUGUAGGAACCGCUACCCAGCCUGGGAGCGUCAUGUCCUCGACCGCAGUAUACGCAAGGCAAUUCUGGCCAUAGACUGCUCCCUGACUCCCUCCACGGCUGCAGUACAAAGAUGAUGCUUUGGUGCAAGAGAGGUUGGAAUAUGAGACCACUUUAUAGUUCCACCCUGCUCUCAGAACCCAUACAGGGGUGCAGCAUCAGAUAUCACAUAAAAAGCAACAGGAAUUGUGGCAAUAAGAAUUUGUUAAUACCAACAAUGUCAGUUUUCA